CGCGGUGGCCGCGCUCGGUCGCCUCAGGGUCCGGGAGACGCCCGGACGCCGCCCCUGCCCCGCCUGGCCCUCGGCCUCCACCCCACCCGGCCGGCCCGGCCCUCGCCAGCCGCCCGGGGGCUCGCGGUCGGAAGCGGGACAGGUGUUGGCACCGCGGAGGACCCAGCCCUGCCUUCCUGCAACUAACGGCUGGCUCCUUCUCCUGAGGCCUUGAGGAAGGGGAUGGGACGAGGUCCUUUUCCAGGACCUUGGAGUGUGGUCUAGAGCACACAGACAUGUUUCUUGUCACCGUGAGGAUUUACUUUAAUGGAGGAUGAAGAACAAUAACCAAAGAAAAUGAUUUAAAAGUACUGUAAUUCCUGUUCAAUGGAUGAGAAGAAGAAGACUGCCUAAAAAUGAUUAAGGGGCUGCUUGGUAGGUGGGCUCCAGACAAGCCCAAACUGCUUACAAGUCCUCGGUUCUGGUGAUGAUGCUCUGAGCCUCAGUGCAUCUCAGUGCUCACAUUUAUGGACCUGAUCUGAACUGCAGAGCCUGCCUAUGGGGGAAGGGAGAGUGGCCAUCUGGUACCUACAUCCAACCCGAUCAUCCUGACCCCUCGGGGUGCUUUAUUCUGAGGUGACGCCUUCUGGGUUCCAUCCGUCCUUCCUCACAACGCCCUCAGCACCUUAAAUCACCACCCCCAGCUACAUUUUGGGAGAAAGAUGGAGUCAAAGGUCUCAGAAGGUGGCCUGAAUGUGACCCUUACCAUCCGCCUGUUGAUGCAUGGAAAGGAAGUUGGAAGCAUCAUUGGGAAGAAAGGGGAAACAGUGAAGAAGAUGCGUGAGGAGAGUGGUGCCAGGAUCAACAUCUCAGAGGGAAACUGCCCAGAAAGAAUUGUGACCAUUACAGGUCCAACGGACGCCAUCUUCAAGGCCUUUGCCAUGAUUGCAUACAAGUUUGAGGAGGACAUCAUUAACUCCAUGAGCAAUAGCCCUGCCACCAGCAAGCCCCCAGUGACGCUGAGGCUGGUGGUCCCGGCCAGCCAGUGUGGAUCCUUGAUUGGCAAAGGCGGCUCCAAGAUCAAGGAGAUCAGGGAGUCCACAGGUGCCCAAGUCCAGGUAGCCGGAGACAUGCUGCCCAACUCCACAGAGCGGGCAGUGACCAUCUCAGGGACGCCCGACGCCAUCAUCCAGUGCGUCAAGCAGAUCUGUGUGGUCAUGCUGGAGUCCCCACCGAAAGGUGCCACCAUUCCCUACCGCCCAAAGCCCGCCUCCACCCCUGUCAUUUUUGCAGGUGGUCAGGCCUACACGAUCCAGGGACAGUACGCCAUUCCUCAUCCGGAUCAGUUGACCAAGCUCCACCAGCUGGCCAUGCAGCAAACCCCCUUUCCUCCCCUCGGACAGACCAACCCCGCUUUCCCCGGAGAAAAGCUGCCUUUACACUCCUCCGAAGAAGCUCAAAAUCUGAUGGGCCAGUCGUCAGGUCUGGAUGCCAGCUCCCCGGCCAGCACUCAUGAGCUCACCAUUCCCAAUGAUUUAAUAGGCUGUAUAAUUGGGCGUCAAGGAACCAAGAUCAACGAAAUUCGUCAGAUGUCUGGAGCUCAGAUCAAGAUUGCCAACGCUACAGAAGGGUCGUCAGAGCGUCAGAUCACCAUCACGGGGACCCCGGCCAACAUCAGCCUCGCCCAGUAUCUCAUCAACGCCAGGCUGACGUCCGAGGUCACCGGGAUGGGCGCACUCUAACCCUGCCCAGGCCCCCCGGGAGCCCGUGGUCGGCGGCUCACGUGGCACAGCUGACGGGCCCUUCCUCGCGGAGCUGGGAGUGUUUCCUUCACUGGCAGAGGCGACCCUUGUACAGCUAGGCCGUGGCGCAGGGUCCGCGCUCCGCGUGAGUGUAGCCAUCUCCAUGCGUGGGCAUGCAGCUCUUUACUUUAGUGCUCCAACGUGCUCCCACCGUGACGUUUUAGAAGUUCCUUCCUCAGUGUCCAUGUGGCAGCUUUGAGUUGGUUUGAUGCUUUGGCACCACUUCCUGUGACUUGCCCCUUGUGCUCUGAGACCCUCCUCUCUCUCUUGUCCUGACUCAGUUUCCCCUAAAACCUGUGGUCUUGGCUCCUGUUUCCGCCCCUGGUCACACGCUGAAGUCAGGGUUGUUGGGGUUUUUGUUUUUGUUGUUGUUUUCCUGAAGCCUGUGGAGAGUGCCCAGGAGUGAAGGGCCCUGAGUAUCUGAAAGUAGGGUGGGUGCCAGCGUGCCAGCCAGCUUCACCAGGACAUCUCGUACGCCCUGGAGGGGCGGCAUCCGUGGCCCCCAGGCAUCUUCCAGGGCAGCUAGAGA